AUGAUACACAAGGUGCACACGUUUUUCGAAAAUCACCCAACUCCCAAACGACAAUUAACCAUUCGACAAAUUUUAAUAAACGGUAUGCAUUUCGUGCCCGCCAACGGUUUGAAUUGUCGUCUGGUGUUGGAUCGUACCGAUUGCGUUGGCCAAACCGUAUUUCCCACAGUCGAAUGGUUGCGGGUAUUUAAAUUUUCUUAUCGAUAAUUCCCAUAGUUGCAUUUGCACUGUGACUAUUAUUAGUUAACAUGUUCGGCAAAUUAUUGUAACUAUUGAUCGAAACGAUACGACGAUAUUCGGAACGGAAAUUUGAACAUGUUUGUAUUGGAAAAUGAUCGCAAUAUGAUUGCGGCCGGUAUGGGAAGGCACUGCGUUAUUUUCCUAGUUUGUGGCAAAUUUAUCGCCGCCACGAUAAUUAUUUACCGUAUUUUGUUACAAUUAUUAUAUUACUGUCCAAGCUGUUAUCGGAUCCCGGCACGAACUCGUGGCCCGUCUCGGUUACCGUUAUAGUAUCUAAAUUUUUUGUUUGACUCGAGAAUAAACCGACUGCGUGGCGUAUUGUUACGCGAAAAUAAAUAGGCGAACGAUAUUUCAAUCAUCGGCGUCGGCCAAUUUUUCAAUUCGGCGUAAAAUUCCAACGACGGUCCGCACGCCAUUCCGGCGACUGGUAAAUUUCCGAUAUCUUUCGUCGGUGGUCGCUCGUCCUCGCGUUGGCCAACGACGGAAAUCGGUCGGAAUAUCUGACCGCACGUUUCAGAGAGCGGUGUGUGGCAUUUUUCGCCGACAAAAAAAAUUCUACAAAGCGGCCGCAUUUUAACCCAGGCGCCGUUGGUUUUUCCUCGCGGACGAUUCCGGCGACGUCCGGGCGGCACCGCCGUCGUCGACGGGAUUCUCAUCGCAAAAUUUCAUCGCGGAAACGGAAAACGCCCGGAUUUCGGUUUCCCGUUUCAGUGGCAAUAUCAAUUUGUGCGCGCGAAACGGUAAAACCGCUUAAAAACAAACGAUGACAAACCGAAAAAAAAUCACGGUAUUCGGUCAUUUCCUCCACCACCACAUCCACCCCCACCCGGCACCAGAACCUCAUACCGCGUUUUUUACGCGUCCGCCGACGAAAACGACGAUAACGACAAUUUUUACAACAUUAAAUCGUGUUUCGGGGGGGAAAAAAUAUAACGUGUCCCAGUUCCGAGAGAAAAAUAUACGCGGCAUCUGUCGGCGACGUCGAUUAUUAUAACCGAAGCGGGUAUUUUCCGACGAACCGUAUUUGACAGAGUGUUACAUCCGGGGAUUCGUUAUUUCUGUUUAUCCGUCGGGAAAUUUGUUGCCCGGAAUAUUUUAUUAUACCCACGCGCGUCGGAAACCAGAAAAGGUAAAAUGGUUUCAUUUUCGACCGAUUCGAUAUUGCCGGGCGAUUCGUUUGAGCGGGCACGCCUCGUUACGUGUGAAAGCAUUGAAUUAUUCCGGAAUUUAUUUCUAGAACAUUUGAGAAACAAGCUGCUCCGCAAUUUUGUGUUUGCGUUAUUUUCGGGAGGGGGGGGGGGUAAAACAACUGCCUACCUUUGAUUUUGAAACGGCGACCUAUAUUUAAAAAAAAGUCCAUAAAUAGAUUGGGUAUUGGCCGAAACAAUCGUUGGUGUUGACAUUUUCGAUUUCCGUUGACGGGACAUACCGUUUUUAUUUAAUUUUAGGUUAGCGGAGAGUGUAGUGGUGCAUUAUUAACGGGGCCGCCGCACUGAUGACGCUCCACUACUCUCGUCCGACCCACAGUUAAAAGUGGAACGUCUCGCAAACGGAUCGACGGAAAAUCGGAAAAUGCCACCACCAGCAAUUAUUCCGGCCGACAUCCGGAUCUAUUUAUGGAAUCGUCGGUACAGGUCGCCGUGCGAAAAUCAAACGUGGGCGGUGGUUUUCACCCCCGCGAAAAUAAGAGUGACGGGAAAACCGCACGAAUAUCGAAUCGUCGAGCGGGGCCCGUUUGCCGGGACAUUUUUGACAAACGGAAUUCCGGAAGGAGUUUCGAGCUCGACCCCGGGACGCACCGAGAUGCACCCACCCGCUGCUUAAAUGAAAAUCGCCCGGUACAUCGGGAAAAUAAAACGUUUCGUGGUUUUCGCGCCCGGGCCGUGUAACGGGAACGUCGGUCCGUAUUGGUAAAAUACGUUUUUACGUGACAUUUUGCGACCUCGCGGGGUCUGUCACUGUGUGAUGCGCGGCGCGCGUUACGCGACGGCGCGCCCCGAAACCCGAACCGGCCGUCCGAAUUUGACGGUCAAAUCGAUCGGAUCGCCGUUUUACCCGGUACCCCGCGGACGCGCGUGCGACCGCCGUUGUCGUAAAGGCACCACCCUCGCGCACGUUAAGGCCGGCCCACGAACACGAUCAUACAAUUUGAGCGACCGCUAUGUUUGUGCAGACAUUGUGCCGAAUUUUAUUUAUUCUUUUUCAAACGCUAACUAAAUUAUUAAUAUUUAUCAUUGUUGUUAUUAUUUCUAACAACUCUCCAAACGUAUCUGCAUCCAUUCCAAGAUAGUUUUGGGAUAGUCUACUACUGAACUCAUUUCGAGUUCUGAUACUAACCGUUUCGCACGAGCCGUUUGAACGUGUGUUUGCGCAAACAUAGUGGUCGCGCAAAAUGUUCGAUCGUGUAUGGGGGGGGGGCCUUUGCGUGACGCGGACUUGAUACCGGCGUGAUGUCACGGGAACGUUUCGCGCGGCGCGCGGUCGUCGUUUAUCAUCGGCGCGCAUCGAAAACGGACCCGUUCGGAUUGAAAAUAAUUGACAACAAUUAUCGACGGGAUUUUCUUAUCGUUAAUUGAACGCGAUAACGUACGGGCCCGCAAAACGCAACGCGACGUGGCCGCCGGCCGAUAACGCAACGCAGCGUCGCGAAUAAUUAUCAAUUGCGAGGUUUUAAAUUUGUAUUUUGUCUUUCAUCUCUCCGUUCCCGUUUGUUCCCGUAGCGGCGCGACAAUCGAUUAUUCUUCCCGAACGACCGGCACGCGAUAUUGAACCGUCGCGUUGGGUAUUUGAAAUGUCGUUUCACCGCGUGUCGGACAAACAGAGACCGCGAAAAAUAUUCCGCGAUUCCGCAACACGAUUGGGAGGCACCUGUAACAAAAUAAUACCGACGGUUUCGACCGAAUCCCGUUUUCACAACGAUAUAUUACGCGUGUCGAUGAAAUCGCAUUGUACCGAUUAUGCCGAGACCCGAUUUUCCGCGAUUGGCAUUUCGUUCGUUCGAGCGUUUUAAUUUUUAACGAAAAAAUACAAAAAAAAAAAACGAUAAUAAAAUAAUUUCGGUUGUUCGGCGUCCGAACGGGAACAAUUUCAACCGAACGAGAACUCGCCGUCAACCCGGUGCCGAUUUACAAAUCCGUUUCAAUCGUUGUUUGUUUUUUUUUCCUCUGUUUGACACGUUGUGUAGAGGCAAUGGCUAAUGCCUCGGUACCGUUGGACAAUAUUAUCGUCUACGGUACGGUCUGUAUUUGACGACGGUUUGUGUGUAAUGCUCGGUAAUUGAUAGUAACAACAAUUAUUGUUAAUAGUUGACGUCCCGGUCGAUUGCGGUUAUAAUUUCAUUAGUUUUAAUUAUAAUUGUUGGUCGAUGAAACAUAAUUCGUAAUGAUCGAUAUGGGCAACCAACACGCGCCGCGGGACGUACGAUUUUAUGCCAGAAUAUUACACUUCGGGUAGGGAAAUUCUUUACGCGUUGUAACAAACGAACGAAAAUCGCACGAAUCGCAAUAAAACCGACUCGUUUCGCUGGGAACCUAGGAAAAAAAAAAAAAAAAAAAGUUGAAUUCGAUCGUCUUAAAAAGAACACGCGGUAGGUUCCCAACUGUGUCGCGUAAAUCUUUUUUCCUUUUUUUUUUUUCUCCCCGAAUUUCGUUCACAGACAAAUAUAAACGUAUUUUUACACUUUUUUUUCGUUAAGAACACGACAAUGUAAUACAAAUACCAGCUGCUAAUCUGUCCGAUACCUAAUGUAUAAAUAAUACUCGCUACGGAGAUUUCGAUGGUUUCGUUUAAACACGUUAUUAAUAAAUAAUGUCUGUACACACACAAGGUAUACAAAUAUUAAAACAGGCGUAAAAUAACGCGGUGCUAUAGGCGCUGCCAGUAUAUUAUUGAUACCUAUGGACUGUGGUUUAAUUAGAUUAUUUUCGCUAUCAGGAAUUGAACAUCAAGUAGCAUAUGUUUUGUCUUUUUAAUGGCGCUCGGGGAGCUAAGCUUUUUGAAUUUUCUUUGUAGUUUUACCAAUAAUGUCAGACGACUGGCGACGAAACACGUUUCUGUCACCUAUUUUCGACAUCGAUUUAAUGAAACGAUAAAAUGUCCAACCGAAUUUCGCUCAGAAUCGUUUUUGGUUUUCAACGAUUUGCCGCUAUUCGAAUAACUGCUACCGUAAAAACGAUUCGAAAAAUCGAGAAGUUCAUUCACGCGGCGAUUUUAUUUAUUUUUUCCUAGCCAUUGAAUUUCUUUUAACUCUUUUCUUUUAUCUCUUUUCUGUUCAAUGCGUUUAAAUAAAAUUAAUUUUCAUUUCAUUUGAUUUAUGGGAAAAAUGGAACGUUGUUCUUGUAUCUUACGAGACAUAUUAUUGAAAGUUAGCAAACUGUUCGUCCAUAUUUAACGAAAUAUUUUAAAAAUUGACGUGAACAACACGACAAAUAAUAUUUCGAACGGGAACCUUCGACUUGGCACGUCGAACUAUCUGAACGUUCAAAUCGUGUGAUUUAUUUAAAUUCAGUAUUAGUGGCUCUAUCUAGGCAUGUCAUGCGUCGUCAUAUUAUUAUAAUUACUAUUUAUCAAAACUUAACAACAUUUUAUUUUACACAUUUCAUGUGCGUUUAAAUUUAUCGUUUUAAACUAUUUAAAUAAUAUUAUCAAUUCAGUUUUUUUUUUUUUCAGAAAACAUUCAUAAUAUAUAUGAAUUAGAAGAUCUUUUUACUUUAAAUAUUAAAUAAUAUAAUAUAGGACGUGUUUUAUGUACUUAUUUAUAUUUAAUUGAAACUUGAACGAUACCUAUUAAAUCAUUAGAAAUCGUAUAAAAAUAGGUACCUAUAUGACAUCGUCUUAAACUUAAACCUUUUUCCAUUUGCAUACUUUGCAAUAUAUAAUUUUGCACUUUACACAACUUCUAUGGAUUUUUUCCUAUCACACAAUAAUUGCCCAAAAGACAAAAGUCCGGUUAAUCCCGGUUUCGUUACUGAGUACUCAAGUUACAACUAUAAUGGUAUAUUUUUGUACAUUAUUAUAAACAAAAAGUCAUAAAAAAGACGUCCUAGGACAAUAGGGACGGGUGCAGCCACUGUUAUGGAUAAUUUAAUGAAUACCUGUAAGCAAAGAUGUAAACCAUUGCUUAUGAAAAAAACGAUUCUGAGCGGAAUUCAGUUGAUAGUGAUGCUUUGUCAAAAAUAUAUAUGUCAUUUUAUAGUAAAAUAAUUAAAUAGGCUUUGUAUAUUUUCUUUAAUUAUAUUUAUUUCAUGUUGUACCGAUUUUCCCAGUUUUCCUACAUUUUUCCCAUGUUUUAUCCCGGUUUUUCACAUUUGCUGGGAAAACUCUUAAGAAAAUCAAAAAAAUGACCUGCUUAAAAUACGUACCCACAUCGAUUCGCUUUCAGAAAAGGUGGUACACGUAGAAAUCCGAGCUAGUCUUCUGGUAGAAAAGUUGCACACAGAUAAAAAAAAAAAUAAACAUCUUUGUAAAACUAUAAGCUUCUUCGCUCCACUCAGAAUUUAUAUCACUGCAGAACUAAACUGUUUUGAUACUUUCUUUUUAAUUUUCAAGUACCUACCUACGUGUGUUCUGAGUGCAGAUGACCCGAGUUCGUCAAGUCACUAACCGACAUUUGCCUACUAGGUACCCAGUUCUGGUCCCACUACCCGUUAGAAUAAAUUUUCAGUGCAUAACCGUACUGACUAACGGUGUUUUUUUUUUAAAUCGAGUUAUUAGUUCGUUACCUUUCUACACAAAAGAAAAAUGUUUAUUAUGAUCCGUCAUACCUAUAACUACAGUAAUUGAACAAUAAAUUCGACUUGAUUACGGGUCGUCGAAAUAAUAUAAACGUCGUCACUCGUCACGUUAUUAAUUUCAUAUCUUUUAACACAUUUUAAUAAAUUUCUGUUACAUAUUAGUUAUUUUUUCGUUUUCUAGUAUAUAGACUACUUAAUGAUAUUAUCAUACAUAAAAUAUUGAUACUUAUAUCAAAUCUACAGGCCGUUUGUUUUUCAGAUUAAAUUAGGGUGACCAUACGUCCUGUUUGAUGCAGGAUUGUUCUAAUUUCGACUGCGUGUCCUGUGGUACUGACGAACUCCUUUCGGGACGCUUUUUGUCCUGUUUUAUAUGUCUGAGUUUUAUUCCGUAUUAAUAAUUCUGGGUAUAAAUAUUUUAAAAUUUUUUAACUCGCAGAUUAAAAUUUAUUUUAAUUUUUUAUUGAUAUAAAUUUGUUGACGAAAGUAUUCGUUAUAGAUGAAAAAUAAUAACCACACGAAUCGAUACCGGUGGUAAUACAUCGUAAGAUAUACGGGUUUAUUUAAAAUAGUUCAUAAUGUAGGCAUAAUUUAUUAUGAAAAAUUAACAAAAACACCUAUAAUAAUUAAUUAAUAUGACUUUGAAUGUAUUAUUGAAAUUAUUUCGUCCUGUUCUUGAUUUUUUUAAAUAUUGUCACCUUAUAUUACUAAAUAGAUAACCACCUAUACAAUGUGAGUACUUAUUAAAUUUGAUAUAUAAAUAUUUUUUUUUUUUUUUUUAACGAAGAAUUCGGUCGGUGUUGUAUACCGACCUAAUAAUAAUACUUGUUUUGUUUUGUUUUUUAUUUUUUUUUUACCUAUGUUACUAUUUUACUAUAACAACUAACGAGGUGUAACGGAGUUAUUGAGUACCGUUGACCUUAUAAUGUCGAAACAAAUAAAAAAGUGGCACGUACACAAGGUAACUUUUUUUUUACUUGCUUAAUUAUUGUUUAUUUACUUGUGCGCGAUUUUUAUAUUAUGCUCAAUGUACUGAUGCAUUGUGUAUUUUUUUCAUAGCUGUCUUUUUUUUUUAUCAGUCUUUUAUCAGUAAUGAUUAGAUCGGUUGGAUCCAAACGAUUUAACAAUCCCAUUAAAAACGCAUGUAAUAUCUUUUUGUAGUCGUUGUACCAAAAUACGAGUGCUUACAAACUAAGAUUUUACGAUUAUCAAAUACGAGACACUCAAACGAGUUUUUCACUUAUAAAAUAACACAUUUAACUACUUAAUGUAUAGAAUAUAUGAUUGCUUUGUAAUGCAUAAUGUUACAUUGCAUCAAUUAUUUACAUGCUAUUUUGUUUUUGUGUGUAAUCGUGAUACUGAUAAGGAUUAUUACCACACAAUACCAUGAUGUUAGACUAAUCGCGUUUACAAACGAGUUGUUUGGAACAUUGUCGUCAAAAACGCUAUCGGAAUUCCUCGAAUACCUUUCGUUCGGUUCCCGGUGUUUAAAUAACAUCGUAGCAACGUGUUAUUUUUUUUUAUUUUUUUUUCCCGAAAAAACCAAACACGGUGUUCAGUCGGGUUUAUUAUUAUUCCAAAUCCGAACGAAAAAAAAUGAGUAAACAACGUGGACGACACACACUCGAACACAUACACGCCGACGACAGUGUACAUGUUAGAAGAUAACAUUUAAACAAAUAUUAUUUCACAUUUAAGGAUAAUAUUUUUUUUCAAAUUUGAAAUUCUGGACUUUAUCGAAAAAGCUACCCGUUAUCAUAGUUUUGCCGAGACGCGCGCUUUUCGGUUAGGUAAAAAAAUGCUCCGGUGUUUUCAUACCGUCGGCGGUUGGUAAUGGGUAGGGCUCGGAUUUUUACCCAUUACCCAUUACUAAUGGAUAAUAGGUAUUACAUUAGACUUUUUGAAGUAUUCAACACGAUUCCGUACAGUUCUCCGGGCCCACUGGGUUGUCUUUUUUUCAUCGGACGUUAUCGAUUUCGCGGUUACCAUUUUGGCAACCAGGGCGACAAAACACGGCUAUAUAACACCGCGGUGAAAAUUAUGAUUGAUGUUAUUAGCGCAUACCAAAUACAAGCCGGGAGAUAUUCCAGACGCGCUAUAAUGUUGGAUUAAUACGUUUGGGGCUUUUUAUAAUUUUAAAAGCAUAACAUAAAAGAUAUUUCGUUUUGGAAACGAUUUCCAGUUCGCGUGCUGCGGUUUUGGGCGAAUAACGCGAUUUGCGUGUAAUUGUUUUUUUUUUUUUUUCCGCGGUUUAAAUUAUCGCUGAACGAAAAACGACAUGAGCGUAAAUCAUCUGGAAUGUAUAGGCACGGGACAAAUAAAAUCGAUCCCGUAGCACACGGAGAGAAAAUCAAUAUUGACAAAGUUGUCAGUGGCGAAACGUUUGGAUUCACAUGAUGUUGAUAAAUUCUUGAAAACCUAACCGAUUGAAUACUGUCUAUACCUACACGUCUAAUACUUUGGGUUUUCCACGUGGUGAUCAACCCAUCACAAGACACUCGUUGUCACGGAAUAUGUUUACUUUUACCGGAAUAUGUUUUCUAGAAUAUUUAAGAAACAAGCCGCUCUACAAUUUUAUAUUCGUGUCAGUUUUUGUCACUAUUAUUUUCAAGGGUGAAACCGUAGCGGUUUUCGAUUUUCAAGUGUUACAUCGUGUUCUUUCUCCGCGCUUAAAUUUUUCUCGUCUUUUUUUUUUGGAAACGAGGAAUCCAUCGGUUUUACGACGACGUGCGUUUUAACACAUUUUAAACGGUUCCGUUUUAUAUCGGCCGUUCCGUCUUCCCUCCUGAAACGACCACGCCCGUCAGCGGUCACGGAUCCUUUAGAUUCUGUGCGGUACGAGGAGAACGCGCGGGGUUUUUCCACCCCUAGAUCCGUCGGGGGCACACCGUCCGCUGUCUCAAUGCUUUUGGAACGUAAUCAUAUUGCGAUGGUUUUCCGCACGUUAUUACCGGCGAAAUGUCCCGGGCGAAAGAGAGGUUGAAAAUUGUAAAUCGAAUAGAUAUUUGUUUUUUUUAUUUUAUCAUCGAAAAAUUGUGAUUCCGCGUACGGUCGUUUUCGUUGAACGAAAAAAACAACUAAUUUGUUCGACGUGAAAUUAUUACCGUCCGCGAAUUAGGUGUCGUGUUGCGUCUAAAUGGCCGACCGCCGUGCGGCGCGUUCUUUGAAAAAUACGCCGACCAGAACUCAGAAGUCCAGAACGAGAAACGUCAUUUCAGCUAACGACGCAUAUUAUUUCUCACGGAAAACGAACCGUAAAAUAUCGCGAAACGUCGUCGUUUCCCCCGGUGCCCGUUGAUUACAUUAUGGACAACUGGACGCCGGCGGUUGUGUUACGAGCGGUCGUUUUUCCGAAAUAUUACAAUACUCGGUUCGUCUCAUUCGGGGGGGGGGAAGGGGGUAAAAACGAAACAUACGCACUCAUUUUUAACGUGCCCACCGAAUAGGAAUACGAUAAAUUUACAAUUUAUUCCGCGUUAUUUCUCGCCCCGUAAUUCCGACAGAAAUCGCGUUUUAGACGGGUCCGUUUUAGCGCGUUUGUUAUUUUUGACGACCACCGAAAUAUUACGUCUCUUUUUUUUUUAAUUAUAUUCCAGUCGUUCAGCUGUUCGUAUCUAUUCGAAACUUUGAUUUCAUCGCCAGACACUCAUAAUAAUAACUCGUAAUAUCGAAUAGUAUCGAACGUGUAAUACGAACAUUUCUUUUUUCUCGCAAAUUCUAAACGAAAACGACGAUUUAUCGACGCGUUUGGGAUCCGAGUUGUAUUUACUCUCCUCCUAGUGACUCCUAUCGUUCCGAAAUUUCCGUCCUGCAUCUAAUAAAGCGGCCAGUGGCGUGGAUGAUAGGGGUUAUAUUCUCCCCCUCUCCCAUUGACUUAAAAAUACAACAAAACACGAGUAAUCUAAUAUCGAAACUCAUGAUUUUCGGCAGAUUUCCGAGAAAAAACUUGAUGUAUUGAUUAGAAUUUUGGUCCUUUUUUUUUUUUUAGGAUCCGGCUUUUAAAUUACCAAUUCCCAUAGUCGAGUUGGAUAGAGAAGACGAAUUUUAUUUGUUGCAUCCCCUCCCAUUGAAAAUCCCUGGGUACGCCACUGACAGCAGCCUGUUUCUAGCCGCAUGAUUACGGAUAAAAACGUCGUUUUCCUAAAUAAAUUGAAGCCCCGGGCCCACGUCGAAAUAACGUUUUGUGACGGAACACCACGGUAUUCGGUUUUACGCCGUCGUCCCACGCCCAAAUCAUUGAUUUACUCGUCUUGCGCCGAACCCCGCGGCCCGCACCGUCAUUUCACCACGCGCACGCACCACUGAGCCCACACACAUAUCUAGAGAGAAAGAGGAGAGAGGCGCCCACCAUUUUCGGUUUGGUGGCGUCGGCGGCGGCCGCUGGCCGAACAGCGUUCGUCAGUCGCUAAACCGCGUAAGGGGAACUCGGUGCGGCGGCGGCGGCGGCGGCGGCGACGACCCGGCGACCGUUGCAACCGUCUUCGUUCCAGGCGAUUCUCUCGGGUGCACACACAUACGCGCGUACACACGCACACGCACACAACAACUCUCAUGAGCAAACACGAAAACGGCUCGCCGGCCAACCAUAAUCGUCCGUCUCCACUCUCCUCACUCUUUCACCGUCCAUUGUUUUUCGUCUUCGCCGACGCCGACGCCGCACUCCGCACUCCGCACUCCGCGCCCGUGCCGACGGGGUUGCCGGGCAACCGGUACGGCCGCGCGGUCGGCGGCGGAGCGCGGGGUCAGCCGGCCGGCGGCUGCGGCGAGCGCGUACAUCACGGUCUCACGGCGACGACGCGAACGCGGGCGCACAACGGAACGAACGAGGUCGACAACGAAAUGUAGGCUUAUCAUCAGUUCCCGCUUUGUGCCGGCCGUUCAAAUUGUCCGUUCCUCCUUGUUUGGAAACUCCGUGUAAGUAAAGUAUGUAAAAGCGCGUCCGCCGUUGCCGCCGCCGCCGCCGCGUGUAUAGACAUUCUUUCUUCCUUUUUUUUUUUUUCCCCUCGUUUAUUUAUUUUUCAUUUUUUUUUCUCUCGCAACCGUCGCGCGCGUCGACCGCGUGCGUGCGCGUUAUUUUAUUUUUCGAACACUUCCCCCAUUCCCCCAUCCCCCCCCCGUCUUUACAAUCGCUGUUGACGUGCGCACCCAUCCGUGGUUAUCGCGGCACAUCACUCGGAUAGUAGGUACACCUUACCAUUUAUACCCGCCAUAAAACGCACUGCUUGGCGUCGUCGGCCGUUUCGCUACAGUUUCCGCCGACCGAAGUACUGCAACAAUAAUAACAACAAUUACGAUAUUAAAAUUGUGUGCCGGCGCCGCGUGUUCGUUUUGGACGCCGGUCCGGUCGUUUCCUAUUUCCCCUCCCCCCCGCGUUCCCCGCCCGUUUCGCAACGUUGUUUUAAUAGCGGACAAAUAUUGCUAAUCGGCGAAUAUUUCGCUCCCGGAGAUUUCGCGUCCCGUUCCGUUUCUCGACCGCCCCGCCGCCGCCGCCACCGCCUUUCCGUUUCGGACGGGCGGCGGCGCGGAUUCCUCCGCCGCUGCGACCCGUGGCCAUGCGCGAUGGCCCGCUCGCCCCCCCCCCGCCCGCUGUCCUUUCCCGCGGGUCGGUUCUUCUCAAAAAUCGAUCGAGCUCUCGUCGCCCCUUAAUAAUUCAUUAUACACCCGACCCGGGGCGGGUCCGCCGUUUUCGCAGGACGCGCCCGUUUCCCCGGGCGCCUAAACGCGCGAAUUAUAAUUCAUAAUUGGAUAUAAACGGAUCGUUUUCAAUAAUUACACACGGUUUAUAAACCGCGGCUGUAUAAUUCUGUACAAUUCUAAAAUCCGGACCUUUUAUCAGUAACCCGGCGCGUUUGGUUUUCUUCUGGGGUUAAAAAAUGAACCGAUUUGUCAUCGUGGCGUGUCUGUAACGAAAUGCGACUUUUCCAAUAACAUUCGCAACGUUUCUUCGGUUUGUGGGGGGAGGGGGAGUUGGCUAAAUCGCGUUUUUCACAAAACUGUAUAACCCCCCCCCUCUCCCCUAGAAAGCCGCCACUUCCGUGCGGUCGGCCAUAAUCUUUCGUCGUCCGCAACAAACGUGUAACAUUCGUACUCGGUCGGAAAACGUUUUUCAUCUUUCUGAAAUCUUGCCGUACGACCGAAUACAAUUUCCCCCCCCCCAUUCUCCCUUCAAUAUAAAAUAAUUCAUUAUAUCGCAUUAUGCCGACAAUAAUAUUGCCGUGUCCCGCUGAAAAUCUUGUACGUUGUGAAAUAUGAAAACGAUAACGCCGCGAUUAUUUUUUUUUUUAUUACCCAUCGUGCCUGUUAAACCGAGAUAAAAUUGUACCGAUUGUUAUCGACGUGUUUCGCUCGUUUCAGUUUAAUUUAAAUAAUCCGCGGUUUUUUUCCCAACAUUACGGACCGCGUAGGCCUUUUGCUGUUGUCGACUUUGCUCUUCUCCGUUUUGCGCGCGCGUUGUUAUUACGUGAAAAAAAAAAAAAAAUAAAUAAAUAAUAAUAAUUACAGCUGGCGAUGUUAUCGUGUCAUAAAAUGUAUUUAUAAUUAGAGUUCCCACACGACGUUUUAUUUAUCUUACAUCGGUAAUUAUAAGUUAUCUUGGAAAUUUUAUCACGGACAUUUUUGUUAUUAUAAAAAUCUAUAUUCGGAAAUAUAAACAGAUUGCGAUUGUGUGUUUUAAUAACUUUAUGAUUAUAAUUAGGUGUUUGUUUUUUUUUUUUCUCUUACGAAAUACCGACCAUUCGAUUAAAUUACGUUCGUUUAUAAAACUUGCCGCACACCAAAUAACGUUAAAUCAUUUUCAGUAACAUAUAACAAUGUCGACGUAUUGUGGCGGUCGCCUCAUUUGGGUGGGUUUUUCGGGUGGUAACUAUAGUAUUGAUUUUUAGAACGAAGUGUAUUUUAACGUACUUAGGUACAACCGAAAUAUAUUCGCUGGUUUGUUUAUGGCGAAUUGUUAUCGAACGAAAUAUACAUAUUACCGAAAAGAAAAAAAACUAAUGCUAAUUAAAAAUAAAAUAAAAAUUAAUCGAAUAAACGUACCUAUAUUUUUUUAUUAAAUUAAAUUUUCUAUGGAACGGUAUGUUUUUGAUUCUGAUGUGUAUUAUAAACACACGUUGUUAUUUAUAAUUGUGUAAGUUUACGAAUUGAAUCAAAUAACAUUCCAUUUUGGACUAGUAGUUAUUUUUUUUUUUCAGAAAUAAAUUGUGUAGGUAUUAUAUUUGUAUAAUUUUAUUUAAGAGAAAUACACGGGAUUGAUUAGAAAAUUAUUAGUUAUUUAAUUAAAUUUAUAUUUUUUAGUUACAUACGCCUUAUUUUAGCAAAAACUUGAUAGUUACAUUUUUAAUAAAAUAAAUAUCAUAAAUUAUUAAAGAUUUACUAUUUACAAGUUCAGAGGAAUUUAAAAAAGUUUUAAUAUAAUGUUUUUUUUCACAACUGUCAAUUGUUUUACACUAUUUAUUUAAAAAUAAUACCUAUUAAUUUUAUAAAUUUAUACAAUUUUCAUACACACCUAUUUAAUCCUUAAUUUGGUUUUUAAACAUAAUAUCUUCACGGUACAAAUGUAUUAUUAAUAAUUCUAAUAACUACCUAAUAUUAGGUUUGAAAAUUGUGCGUAUUCAUGUUUUGUGUUACUGAACAUAUCAUUAUCAACAUUAUUUUGAUGAAAUUUAAUAAAUACGUUAAUUUUAUUUGAUAAAUAAAUUAAAAAUAAUACUAUAAGAUAAAAUAAAAUGUUAAUAACGAGUAACGAUAAAUAAUAAUAUACCGUAUGUAUACAGAUUAUUCCUGUAGUUAUUAAAUAAGUCAAUUUCAAAUGUAAUUACAUAAAUAAAUAAUAUUAAAAUUUAUUUUUUAAUAUUUCAGAGGUACAAUGACAGUUAACGGCCAGCAUUACUGUCUGCGUUGGAACAAUUACCAAUCGAACAUGACCUCUGUAUUUCAUCAACUUCUCCGGAAUGAGUCUUUUGUUGAUGUCACACUUGCUUGUAAUGAGAGCACACUUAAAGCACAUAAAGUAAAGCAUUACCAACUAUAUUUAUUGUUGUAUACGUUUUAAUAUUGUGUUUAUUAUUAUAUUAUAGGUAGUCUUAUCGGCUUGUUCCUCAUACUUCCAAAAACUAUUAAUGGAUAAUCCAUGUAAACAUCCGACCAUUAUACUACCAUAUGAUGUUUGUUUCAAUGAUCUCAAGUUUAUUAUUGAAUUUGUAUACAGGGGUGAAAUUGAUGUGUCUCAAGCUGAAUUACAAGUAGGUUUUACGCUAACUCUUAUAGUGUACAAUAUUAAAAUAAUGUCCUAUUAUACUUUCAGUCUCUUCUAAAAACAGCAGACCAAUUAAAGAUAAAAGGAUUAUGUGAAGUGCCCGAAGACGAGCGUGAUACGUCUAUUGUUGCUGAAGUAACUCCUCUGGGGCCGUUAAAAAGUGGAGGACGGGUGUUUACCAAAUUACAACGUAGAACUUCACCGUAUUCAAAAAAAUUAAGUCCCAAUCACAUUCAACAAGAUCAGUUUAAUCGUAAUUAUUAUCGUAUUGAACAAUCGGGUUUUGCGCCUAUCAAUGUUGAUCAAGAAAAUAAAUCUAUGAAUGUAAUAAAUAUUAUGAUGAAAUCAAUGAGAUUUUAUUUUUUAUUUGAUUGUUUUAAUAUUAUGAUUAUUGUUUUCAAUUUAGUCGAUUCAUUGCAUGACUGUAGCUACAUCAACUGAAGACGAUGAGAAAGAUAUGAAAUCAACCCUGACAGAUUUACCAGUUGUUAUAUUGGAACCUCAUCCUACCAUAAGUUUACAUACUCAACAGCAGCCUCAGAUAGUUCAUAUACCAAUACCCCAACAACAACAAUUAAACCAUGUUACUCAACAUACAAACCAACCGCAGCUGCAACGAGCUGCAGUUCAAACUCAUUCACAGGUUGAAUACUAAUAUGUACCUAUAUAUUAUAUAUUUUUAGUCUUAGUAAAUUGUAUUAACUCUAAAAUUAUUUUUAGAUGAUAAUUACAACAGGUCCAGUUAUGACAGUUAAUGAAGCAGAUAUUACCCCUGAUUUACAGCCUGUCGGUCCUAGGGCAACACCAGUACCAGUAAAAAAUAACCCUAGCCCUUCAUCAACACCUACACAUAGAGAUAUAGCUGGUAAUGGGUUAAACAAAUAUUUAGAUAUUUUAAUUUUAAAUUAUAAUUGUAGGAAUAAAAUUAUAUAAUAUUGUAUAGAACAAAAACAAAAUCAUUAUUAUACUCUGUCCCACGAGAGACCAUGUCGUGGCUCUGUGCAUCCUACCAUUAUCGGCGGCGACAUUUGAAUGCAUGGAUGGGAUACAAUGGCCUGGUUGGUCGAAGAAACGAUGCGCAGAUCUGGCAUGCUCUCUCGUGGGAUAGAGUAUAGAUUUAUUAAUACAUUUAAUCAAAGCAUAUGUAUUAAUACCAUAAUAUUAAUAUUUUUAUCAAUACAGAAAAUAUAUAUAAAUUCAAUAAUGGAAUACAAUAUUGCAGCAUCCCCUUAAAGCAUAGCUUGUGUUGGGGCAGCUAGUUUUUAUCACUUUAAAAGUACACAUAACCUAAAAACAAUUAGUUGUUUAUAAUAAUAUUAUCUAUAGCAAGAUAAUCUAUUAAUUUUAUUAAUAACGCUAAACAUAGAAUUAAUUUUAGCUUAUUUUUACAAAACUAAGCGUACACUACUUAAAAUUUGCCUCAUAGGACAAGCUAUCAAUUGUCCAGUCAAAAAAUAAAAUAUCCUUAUAAUCAACAAGGUUUAUUAGUUCAGUAUUAAUAUUUGUUUUUAUUGUUUUUAUUAGUAUUUCAAAUAUGUUUUAAAGUAUUUUAAAUAUUCAAAUUAAUUAAUAUUAAUAUUUAAAAAACUAUAUAAAUCAAGAUAGAAUACUUUCUUGUCUCAGAAUUUUUAAGACACUUCAUUAAACGAAUGUUAAUAUUUCCCUUAUCUAGUGUUAUGUUCAUGACCUGAUAGGCAUUAAAUGUUCAUGUUUAUACAAAUCUAAUUAUACAGAUAGAUUAUAAACAAUCCUAAAAUUCUUAACAUUAAAUUUUUCGUAAAUAAAAAUAGUGCUAAUUUGCCCAAAAAGAUUUAGUAAAUGUUUAAUAACACAUUUUAUUGUAACAUUCGGCCUAAAAAUAAGGUUAUUAAUAGUUCCUCCCCAAAUGGAUAUACCAUAAGAGAAGAUCGGUUGAACUAAAGCUAAAUAAAUAACGUUUAGGAGAUGUAUCUAAUAUUAUAUACCUGGCUUCAUUAAAUAUAUAGAAAAAUAUACGUAAAAUGCCAUUAAUAUAAUUGAUAUGACUGUUUUAUUUAAAUCUAUAAACAAUUAUUAGGUCAAGAUACUUUAAUUCAUUAACAUUUUCAAGUUUAACAAAUUUUGGAUCACAAUUUGUAUUUAAAUUAAGAUUAAAUUUUAGCAAAUGGACAAUCAAAUUAUGUCUAUUUAAGUUAUAAUAGCAGGUAGAUUAAAAAAAUAAAUAUACAUUUUAGUACAUUUAAUUUAAUUUUUAUAAAACCAAGUGCUCACGUUAUUUAAAAUCCCAUUUGCCUCAUUGUACAAGUUAUCAGUUGUCGGUUCAGAAAAUAAAAUAGGCUUAUCAUCAACAAAGCUUAUUAGUUCAGUAUUAAUAUUUGUUUUUAUAUUUAAUUAAAUUAAUUAAAUAAACAUAAUUAUCAACACAAGCUCAAUAGUAUAUAUAGCCUAUAGAAAUAAUAUUAGAAAAAAUCAUAAACAAAAUAAAAAAUAACUCACCAAAUAAUGUUAACUAUUGUAGUUUGAAGUAUCAAAAUAAUUUGUCUACCAAAUUCGCAAAAUUCUGAACAAUAAUACAAAUAAUGUAAAAAUCUCUUUUAAGACUAAUAAUAAUUUAAUCAAACAUAAACAACAUAACUUAAAACUUCACAAAACAAAAAUCCCCCUUCUUUUGAAAAUGCUAGUAUGUAUAAACUUAAAUGUAACUAAUAAAUUGUAUAUAGGUAAGACAAAUAGAAAUUUUAAAAUAAGAUAUAAAUAACACAUUUCUGAAAUAAAAUUAAAAAAGACUAUUCCUACUUCAAAUUUUACUAAAUAUGUUUUAGAAAAUAACCAUAAUAUAAAUUUUGAUAUUAAUACAGACUUACAAAUAUUAAAUACCCAAAAUAAAAUUAACAUUAAUUCAAUUUUAAAAGAAUUACACUUACAUAAUGAAAUAAAGACAAAUUAUUUUAAUAUUAUUUUAAAUGUACAAACUAAUUUUAAAAAUAAUAUUUUAUAUCAAUACAUUUUAGAUAAUAAAUAAUAACCAAAUUAUUUAUUUAUCUUAACAUAUUUAUGUCUAUUAAUAACUCAUUUUAAAUAAUCUCGCCUAUUAAAUAAAUUAUUUAUAUGGAAAACGACCAAUUUCUAUAAUUUUUUUCUGUGUAUUCCUUCAUAUUUUUUUUCAUAUUCAAUUGCGUUUUACUUUUUAACUUUGUGAUUUACCUGAUGAUGAUGAUUUUUUAAUUUGAAACUGGUACAAUACACAUAUCAUAAUACUCCAGACAAGUCAUUUAUUUAUUUGUUUAUUUAUUUCUACAUAUAAAUUAUUUAUUUAUAUAUUUUAAUAAAUUAUUCAUAAAAAUUAUUAAAAUAAUGAAUCUAAGAUUAUUUCCUGCAGAAAUCCAUGAAUUAUAUCUUUGGUUUUACCACAACAAUCAUCAAUUUUUACAAUUUAAGUUCUAUCACUUAGCAACAAUUUUAAUAGUUUAUUAGCCACUCCCAAAAUACCUGAAUAUUCUUAUUUUUUUAGCAAUAGCUCAUGAUUAAUACAAUAAAGGCCUUUUGAAAAUCUAAAAAUACUCAUAACUUUAUAAUUUAUAUCAAUACAUCUGUGAACAAAGUUAUCCAACUUAAAAAGUGCAUUAGUUGUUGACAAACCAGAUCCAAAACCAAACUAAAUAAUUUUAGAAGGAUUUUUUUUCUAAAAAAUUUAGUAAAUAAUUUUUGAUACAUUUUUCAGAAAUUAUAGACAAAGUUAAUGAUAGUGAGAUUGGUCUAUAAUUUUCACAUGUUAACUUAUAUGUUUUAAACGCUAAAUGAUAAAUGCCUAUUAAUAAAGAUUUAUUACAAAUUAACAAUAAUGCAAUUUUCUGAAGAAUGUAAUUUGUUAAAUCAUAUUCAUAAAAAUAAUUUUAAUUUUAAUUUCAUCAUUGAUGACUAAUUGGAUUAAGAAAUAUGCUGUUUUUGUUAUUUUUUACAUUUUUAAAUUCAAAUUUAUCUUCAAUUAUAUGUUAUUUCUAAAUUAUUUCCUAUAUUAACAAAAAAAUCAUUUAGUUUAUCACAAAUUUUAUUGUAUGUUUGAGAUUUUGAUACUCUGAUUAUAUAUAUUAAAAAUUGUUUUAAAAAACAUGACUUAGAAUGUAUUUUUUUAAGUUAUAUUUACGUAACCACUUAGUUUUGGUAUAUUACCAUCAUCAGAUUACUGAUACGUACAUACAAUGUAUAUAUAUAUAUAUGUAAUUAAUCAAAAACAAUGUUAUAAGUAACCUGAUGAUGGUAAUAUGUCGAAACAAAUUUUAGUUUUAAAUUCAAUGAUAACAUAUUUAUUUACAAUCUUAUCAAUAUUAUUUUUAUAUUUGCUCGGUUUACCUGUGAUCUCAUUUAUAAAAUUCCAAUCCUGUUUACUGUCAGAUUUGGUUAAUUUCAAUAUAUUUCAGUAAAUUUGUUUUAAUUUUCUCAUCAAUAAAUUUAACAUAUUUCUUUAUAAAUUAUAAAUGUCUUAAAUUUUAAAUUGAAAGGCCUAGACCUCAGCUUAGAAAAUAGUUUUUUUUAGUAAUAAUGCCAGUUGUGAUCCACACAUAGAUUUUAUAACUUUUUUGGUUUGUCUUUAAUUAUAGAGAUAAAGGAAUGGUUAAUAAAUUCUUUUAUUUUGGAAUUAAAAAUGUCAACCAUAUAGUGUCUAUAUUUAAAGAAUCUAAACAAGAAUGCUAGUUUUUAAUUUUAAUCAAUAAAUCUAAGUGAUUUAUAUUUAUUUUGCUAAUAGUAGGUACAUAACAUAGGUACAUAAUAUUAUAUUUGGAUUUGAAUUAUCUUAUUCAACAAAUAAAUUUAAAAAUAUGUUGUAUUCAAUAUGUUAAGUAACUUAUAUUUCUUCUUAAAAAUUAAAAAUUAAUUUCCAUUUUAGUUGGUACAUCAUGUUCAAAUGAUGUGAUGAGAAGUGAUGGAAGUGAAGUGAAGUUUGAAAGUUCAAAAUUUGAAACACUCCGAACCAUUGAUCAAUCAUCAGAUGCAAUUAGAAUAGAAAGGCAGCAUUCAAAGGAUCGUGUAAUAAUAAUUUAUUAUAAAAUAUGAAUUUUAAUUUGUUUUUUAUUUUUUAUUAAUUUUAACAACUUGUAUUUUGUAGAAUAUCAAUGAUGAAGAUAGCUCAAUGCACACAAUGAUGAUAACGCCAGAACUGUUAGGAUUAUUACCAAAUUCUUCUAAUACAGGAGGUAUAUAAUAAUAUUAAAUGUAUUUGUCUUCUAUUACUUAAUUCACACUUACCCAAAUGCAUUAUAAAAUUACAGAUACCAGUGAAGAUGGUUCUAGUAACAAUAUAAACAAACAAUAUGGUGUGAAUGGCAGUAAAGGAUGGACGGCUGAUGACAUGGAGAACGCCUUAGAAGCAUUACGUUCGCAUAAUAUGUCUUUGACUAAAGCAUCCAUCACAUUUGGAAUUCCUUCUACAACAUUAUGGCAACGUGCUCAUAGAGCUGGAAUAGAUACUCCUAAAAAAGAUGGACCUGCUAAAUCUUGGAAUGAUGAAGCAUUAAAUGUUGCAUUGGAUGCUUUGCGUACUGGUACUAUUUCAGCAAAUAAAGCCAGUAAGGCUUAUGGCAUUCCCAGUAGUACUCUGUAUAAGAUUGCGCGCCGGGAAGGUAUUCGAUUAGCUGCUCCCUUUAAUGCAGCACCUACAUCUUGGGGUCAGGAACAAUUGGACCAAGCAUUACACGCUAUACGGACCGGGCAAACAACUGUGCAACGAGCUGCUUCUGACUUUGGCAUACCUUCUGGUACACUCUAUGGCCGGUGUAAACGUGAAAAAAUUGAAUUGUCCCGUAGUAAUCCCACACCAUGGUCUGAAGAUGCUAUGAUGGAAGCUCUUGAAUCUGUACGUUUAGGUCACAUGAGCAUUAAUCAGGCUGCAAUACAUUACAAUUUACCAUAUUCUUCAUUAUAUGGUCGUUUUAAGAGGGUUAAAUAUGGAGCUGGACAUCCAGAUGAUGAUUGUGAUGACAUGAUCGAUUCAGACACACAAGGUGAACACAUGCAACAACAACAGCAGCAGCAGCAACAACAACAACAACAACAACAACAACAAUCAAAUCAGCAAGUUCAGGCUACACCAGUGUCCCAAAUUAUGCUAGUUCAGUAUCCUGCGCCACAAAUUCAAAUGUAUCAACAUCAUCCAACUCAUUCAACUAGUUGA